AAGUGUGAUCGGUAAUCGAAGAGUUAUUGCUAUGUUGAUUUUUUUCUCUUUUUGAAAAUAAACAAAAAUAGGAUCAUUUAUUUAUGUGAAAUUUUUAACUUAUAACAAUAUUAUAAAUCCUGUAAUAUUAUUAAUUGGUCAUGUAGCGUAGUAGCGUUGAAAAUAAAUAACGCGCAUACACUUACACUUUUCGUGUUUUUAAUAUUGAUGUAAAAAAAAAUAUGUAUGAAAUAAAAGUUCGAAUUGUGUGAAUUAUAAAAUUUAUUUAUGGAAACAGUUAAAAGAUGAGGUGCUGUGUAAAAUCCUGCAAAAAUGAUUCGAGAACUAUCUCCAAAUCCCACGGCAUUACAUUUCAUGUGUUUCCGACCGAAUCAAAAAUGCGCCAAGCCUGGUUAAAAGCAAUAGGCAAGGAAUCAUGGUCUCCAAGAGAACGAAGUGCUGUCUGUUCAGACCACUUCAUGAUUGAAGAUAUUUUUGUCACCAAGAGUGGUUUAAGAAAAGUGAGGAAUGGUGCUGUACCAAUUUCUGAUAGUAGUGUAUGCAGUUACAAUGAAAAUACUGUUAAUCUUUUGGUGUGUAGAAUAUGUCUCGGUUCAGAUGUGAAGUUAUUGCCUAUUGGAAAGUUUAGUUUGGAACAAACAUAUGAACAUGUUACAGGACAUGCUAUAUCAAAAGGAGAUAAUUUACCUCAAUACAUUUGUUUUGAAUGUGCACAGAGGCUGACAAACUGUCAUAUGUUUAAAUCAAAGUGCUUGAAAUCUAGGAGGCUUUUAUUGGAUCUGAUAGCAGACAAUAGUAUCAUUAGUAUAGAUAGUAUUAAAUCAAUAGACAGACAAACACAUAAACUAACAUCAGACCUGUCUAUAACAAUUUUGGAUCCAGAUAAAAUAGUCAAUCUAGAAUAUGUCGAAAAUAUAAAUAAGAUUGAAAUUGAAAACAUACCCGAGCAAGAUAAAAACGAUAUAUUUGUACAAGAGUUACCGAAAGACUUUGAUGACGAUUUUAAUGAUAGAGAUGAUUUAAAUGAUAAUCAUUUUAAUGAUGCGGAUAAUGUUAAUGAUAAAGAUUAUGAUAAAUGUGACAAAGAUUACUCCUCUGAUGAUAGUCUACCUCUAGAGUUGCAAAGGAAGAAGCGUAAAAAGACGAAGAAGGUGAAAAAAGUCGACGAACCAAAGAUCGAUAGGCGACGGAAGCCAUUUUUGAAUGCAGAUUUAAAUGAAACGCUGUUCACGAUCACGGACCUGACGGUGGAGGAGCAAAUGGCCGAGAUUGAGAAGAGGCAGGAAUCGGCGAAUUAUAAAAAUGCAGUAUUCAAAUGUGGCGAGUGUUUUAAGGGGUUUUUGGAUGAAGACGCUUAUAAUGGACAUAUGACACGACACACUAAUGAAUGCGGCGAACACGAAUGCGCAAUAUGUAAAACACAUUUUAAACAUCCACACGCGCUGCGCAAGCACAUAACAGCGCAUCACACACAGAGAUAUAACUGUAAUAGGUGUCCGUAUGUCACUACGCAUAGACAAACUGCUCGACUCCACGAACGUUGGCAUAAAGGGACGAAGUACCAAUGUCCGCAUUGUCAAGAUGAAUUUGUUAAAUUUACAACAUAUAUGGGACAUAUACGUAUAAAGCAUCCUUCUGACUUCAUAUGUGUUCUCUGUGGUUAUUCCUUCGUAAGUGAGAAAGGGAUAGAACUACAUAAGAAGUUAAAACAUCGAUUGGAUGAUGGAAAAAUGCCCGACGAUGGGCCGCUUUGUGAGUUAUGCAACGUUCGUUUUGUAUCCGCGGAGGCGUAUAAGAGACAUUUAAGUGUGUCCGCCAGACAUACCAACGAUUCAAAAGACAAGUCGAGGAAAGGCAGGAAAACACGCGAGAAAAUGGAGAAAAACGAUAUUUUUGAUAGGAAGAAAAAUUAUCCGAGCCAAUUGAGAAAAGCUGAAGGACCUAUACCUUGUGAACAGUGCGGCGUCGAGUUGGAAGACUCCCGCGCAUACCACAGUCACUUCCGACGACAGCAUCCAGACAAGAAUCGAACCAACUACCCCUCGAUGAAGUCGCCUUGUAUGUGCGAGGUUUGCGGGAGAAUGUUUCAGAGUUACGCCCUCCUUAAGGACCAUCGCUGGGUACAUACUGGCGAGCGUCCGUUCGCGUGUUCAAUAUGCGGCAAAUCGUUCCGUAUGAAGCAACGUCUAGUUGCCCAUGGGCGCGUGCACAGUGAACUGCGAGCGUCCUACACAUGUGCCAUGUGCGGGAAGAGCUUCUCGACCCAUAGUAAUUGUCAGCGGCAUAUGUUUAUUCACACCGGCCUCCGUCCAUACAAAUGCGAGAUGUGCGGCAAAUGUUUCAAACACGCGAGCGAAAAGCGAGCUCACAUAACAUAUGUGCAUCUUAAGAAACCCUGGCCCAAACGGAGCCGAGGGAAACGGACUGGCAAGGGCCCCCUAGAUUCAGGGGACAUGGCAGGUGAAAUGGAGUCCCAGGUGUGGCCGACACCAUGUGACCCCAAAAUUCUCGACGUCAACCCUCUAAUAGAUAAGUCUAUGUAUUAUAAUCAUAAAAUGUAAAUAUAAUGCCAUAUACAAUAUAUACUAAAUCAAAAAUAGGUGAUCGUAAUUUUAAAACUCAAUAAUGUGUUGUCCGUCAUAGUUUAAAGACGUAGAUAAAUAAUGAUUUAAUAUAAAUAAUUUUAGUCUUUGGUUUUCUUGAGCUAGCACACCUCAGCUGUCAGGUGUCAGUUGUCAGCUGUCAGUUAACGGAUUUCAUGUCGGACCUUGGUGUUAGCGACCAUCUUAGCUUGGGAUGUUACACCUAAGUACCUUGAUUUUAAAGGGGUUUUUUAACAAUUUCCUAUUUACCCCAAGCAGAUAUUGUGACUGGAGUCGGCCUCCAAAGACCUCUUAUCAUUUUUAUACAAUCACACAGAUGGUCAGCAAUUUUUUUUAUAUAGUUUUGUAAUAGGAGGCAAACAGGCCGGAGUCUCACCAGGCCUACCACGGCCAAUGUACACUCACAUUGCCAGAAGGCUCGAAAGUGCGUUGCCGGCCUUUUAAAAAUUGCUACGCUCUUUUUUAAGGUGAUACUUCUAAUUUCGUAUUCUGCCUCGACGUCCGAUGAUGAAACUCAGCUGUAGGUAUUAAUCCGAACAAUUUGACAAAGUUUUUUGGAAAAUGGUUAAAUUAAACUUAGAUUGGCUACAUAAACGUUUUUCUUUCAAUAGGCAUUCAUUAAACUAACCGACCGUAUGAUUAGAAUGACAAAUAUGGCAGGCAAACUUAGUGAAACUAGUAUUUUAUAAUUAAUUUAAGUUUAAGUAAAUUAUUGAUAUUUAAGCUUUUAAUUUCGCUUUACUACUAAUCAAAUUGGACUGAUCUCAAUAUUUUUGUAGCUAUUUCUCUAUUACUAUUAACGUUUUAUUUAGUAUUAUUGAAUUAUUUGAGGCAGUAUUUGGACUUUUGACUCAUUUUUAACUUAAGCUAUUUUUUAUAUAACCAAUUUAAGAGAACAUAUAUGGCAACUGAUCAAAAUUUAAUAACCUUGCAACAUCGGGCACGGAAAAGUAAACUUUACGGUUUACUUUUUGAACUGGGAAUUAAGAAUUGGCACGCUAAGCUGAUAAGCCAAUUAACAUAAGGUGAAGAUCGUAUAAAUCCAAAAUUGACAGUCAAUUGUAUCAAAAUGUAUUAUUUAUUAUUUUAUUUAUUUACACUUUAUUACCUUAUACAUAUAAAAAAAAACAGGCUAGAUAAGUUAUAAGGCAACGGGCUGGUAUUUUUUUUUACUACCCGCAAAUUUAUGUUCAAUCUUUCUAUGGUAACUAUUUCUAGCCAGUUUGUCAAACUCAAAAUAUCUUUAUUCAUGUAGGU